AUGCCACCAAAAACAAGAAAAGUUCAAAAAAACAAAGAAACGGCGAAAGUUCCACUUACUAUUGGAAGCAAGUCCACGCAAGAUGGUGCUCCUUCCUUACGGACAGAACUUUCUAGUGGUUUGGAGGAAAUUCACCUAGGUCCACGUGAAAUCUGGUUUAAAUAUGGGGAUGUUCAGCCAACUAGAGUUGUUUUCGAAGGAAUUGUGGAUGACCUGAAAGGAGAAAUUAAGGAAAAACUGCCAAAUCAGUUGGGCGAUGUUGAUGUUAAUCAGAUUACACUAAAAAUGCACGGUGAAGAAACGGAUUUACGUGCAGAUUUUAUUAUUGAUCAAAAAUUUUUAACUACAUAUGACACGCCGCUACAAGUCAUUGUAAAUUCACCUGUGAUUAAAGAAUUAAAGCAUGAAAUUAAUGAAAUUAAUGAUACAAUUAAGACAGUAUUCGCCCAGCAAAAAUCUCCUGAUAGGGUUUCGGUAUCAAAUUUGUCUGAAAUGAGAAUGGGAAAAAUUUUAAAUAAUAUUGGAGUUAAGCAGAUAACGUUCGUAAAAGAAGAUUUCGAAAAACUUAACCCCAUUUCACACCCACCAUUCGAAUGGAGCGAAGAAACCGAGGCCCAACAAAUGGAUGAAGUUGUAAAAUGGUUUGAUGACGCGCUAAAAUUACCACGGGGCUUAAACGUUUGGGAUAUACACACGGAUGUAAACUAUCAGCGAGAAAUAAGAAGUGCAAAAGUUCUUUUAACUGGUGGUGGUGAUAUAGCUAUUGGACCUAGUAGAACAGAUUGUGUUUGGGUUGGGGCCAAGAAAUCAAUGGCAGAAUGUAAAAUAGCUUUAGCAAUAAUUAAGCAUUUCGUAAUCGAAGAAGGCAAUCGGUUAAACAAUUGGAUAGGAAAGUCAGCCACUUACAUAUCUGAAGACACAAUUGAACCUUUUAGAAAAAAAGCAAAGCUCACUGAAGACAUAACUGGAGAAAGUGAUGAAAGGAUGGAAUUAAUGAUUGAUGACAUGUCAGAAGAGGAAUUACUCAAGAUGAACGCUCGUAAAAAGUUAAAGAUUGUAAGAAGGUUUUGUAAAUUAGACGAGCAACCAUAUAUUGAUCAAAUUAUCAAGGUGGUAUUUAUAAGAAAGGAAGUAAGAAGAGGUGGUAAUGUGGGAAAUAUGGUAAAAAUUAGAGAUGGUCAAAAUGAUUAUUGGAAACAUGGCACACAAGAAUUUUCGACAAAUAA